GGGUCACCUGGGGGCUCAGCAGGCUCUUCAUGUGCUUCAGCUGCAUGGUGCGGUUCCGAUGCGGUUCCGUCCGUCAGUCACGUCGUAGUCAGUCGGUUGUGCAGAUUCGCUUAUAACUCCGUCCGGUUGUCCUAGUAACAGACGGGCAGACGCACACAGUGCAGUGACGUCAACACGCAUACAGGCACGUCCUGCGGAGCCGCCAUGUCUGAUGGUGGCAGAGAACUCGGUCCUUUCGGCUCCACCCCUGGGCGUGGCUCCAUCCUCAUCCUCAGCCGGUGAAUCAUGGACGCCCUGAAGUCUGCGGGGAGAGCGAUUCUGAGGAGCCCGAGCCUGGCCCGACACCCGCGGCACGAGAAGCUGCCUGACACUUGCACCGACUCCCGGGACGCACUCCUGGAGGGGGUGACCUUUCAUCUAAAAUACCUCGGAAUGACCCUCGUGGAGACACCCAAAGGCGAGGUCAUGGCGGCCGCUGCUAUCCGGCGUAUCAUUACCAUGGCUCGGGCAAGUGCAAAACAGCUGCAAAAAGUCAUAUUGACUGUAACGCCGCAUAGUAUCACUAUACAGGACGCUGCGACUACACAACAGAUCGAGUAUGUGUCCAUAUACAGAAUUUCUUACUGUACGACGGAUAAAGUUCAGAAUAAAGUUUUUGCCUAUGUGGCCCUGAACGAGUCUAACGGGGCCCUGGAGUGUCACGCCUUCCUGUCCUCCAAGAAGAAGCUGGCGCAGACGGUGACUCUGACGGUGGCGCAGGCCUUCAUGGUGGCUCUAGACCUGUGGCAGUCCAAUAAGGAGGGGAAGCCAGACUCCACCCCCAGACUACACGAGACGGCCAUUACACCAAGCUUAGGAGCCGCGGGGCCCCGUCCAGGUGACUGUGAUGCGAUGGACGGAUCCUGUGUUUCAGGGAAGAGCGUUCUCCACAGGGAUGAAGAAGACGAGGAAGAUGAUGAUGACUUUGAUGAAGAUUUCUCAAGCUGCCUAAUGGAGGACGUCACCGAUGCAACAGCAGCGUCUGCCCCAUCUCUCCUUCCAGAUUGGCAGAGGUCCGCUCACAGCAGCUGGGAUCUCCAGAGGCAGUGACAUGAAGGCGGCAGGUGCAGAGGGAUCACCUCAGUCUUACAAAUUGUCUUCAAGAUCCAAGUAAUGUCAGAAUGAACGCGAGUUACAUAAUCGAUAGGAUGUGUAGAGACUUGGUUCACAGCAGAUACAUGACCCAUCACUAUGACCUUCAGAAGCUCUGGAGAUAAAUGCUCUGUCAUCAUGCCUAUAUCUGCGGGAGCUCAGGACAUAAAUAAUCCAUCGCCACUAUGAUCCUCAGAAGAUCCACAGAUAGAUGAUCUACCAUAAUUAUCACUAUGAUCCUCAGAAGAUUCUUAGAUAGACGAUCCAUCAUCACUAUAAUCCUCAGGAGAGCCACAGAUAGAUGAUCCAUCAUCACUAUAAUCCUCAGAAGAUCAACAGAUAAGACGAUCCAUCAUCACUAUGAUCCUCAGAAGAUUAACAGAUAAGACGAUCCAUCAUCACUAUGACCCUCAGAAGAUCAACAGAUAGAUGAUCCAUCAUCACUAUGAUCCUCAGAAGAUUAACAGAUAGACAAUCCAUCAUCACUAUGAUCCUCAGAAGAUUAACAGAUAGAUGAUCCAUCAUCACUAUGACCCUCAGAAGAUUAACAGAUAGACAAUCCAUCAUCACUAUGAUCCUCAGAAGAUUAACAGAUAGACGAUCCAUCAUCACUAUGAUCCUCAGAAGAUUAACAGAUAGACGAUCCAUCAUCACUUUGAUCCUCAGAAGAUCCACAGAUAGACGAUCCAUCAUCACUAUGACCCUCAAAAGAGCCACAGAUAGACGAUCCAUCAUCACUAUGACCCUCAGAAGAUCCACAGAUAAGACGAUCCAUCAUCACUAUGACCCUCAGAAGAUCAACAGAUAGACGAUCCAUCAUCACUAUGACCCUCAGAAGAGCCACAGAUAGACGAUCCAUCAUCACUAUGACCCUCAGAAGAGCCACAGAUAGACGAACCAUCAUCACUAUGACCCUCAGAAGAUCCACAGAUAGACGAUCCGUCAUCACUAUGAUCCUCGGAAGAUCCACAGAUAGACGAUCCAUCAUCACUAUGAUCCUCAGAAGAUCAACAGAUAGACGAU